UUGUUUUUUUAAAAAAAAAGGUUUCAUCAAUAAUAAUCUAUAUAGUAUAAUAUUAAAGUUCUGAUAUAAACAAAGCAUUUUAGAAGAAAUAUUAAGAAAUAUUACUGGUCUUGUCUACUUUUAAAAAUCAAGUUGGUACCACAAGUAUUAGUUUGUAAUGAUUCUCCCAGAUAUAAUUAAGGUUCCUGCUGUUCAAUUAAUAGGAGAAAAAUGUUAUUCGACUUUAGUAGAAGAUUUUGAUAUUACUGAUGUGGCUUGUCUGAAGAUUUUAUUAUCCAAAGGUCUUGGUUUUGGAAUUGUCUUAGGCGGUGCGUUGGUCAAGUUACCUCAAAUCAUAAAGAUUUUAAGUGCAGGAUCAGCUCGUGGUCUUAGUUUGUCAAGUUGCAUCUUGGAGACUUUUGCUAUAGGAAUUGGUUUGGCUUAUAAUUUCCGUCAAGGAAAUCCUUUUAGUACUUAUGGGGAAUUAUUAUUUUUGACGAUAGAAAAUAUUAUUAUAAUACUUUUAAUUCUUAAUUAUUCAGGUCGUUCUAAAGAUCUUUAUCUUACUGGUAUUACAAUAGUUGCAAUCUCUUAUGUUCUUGGUUCGUCAUCGAUAAUAAAUGAUGCUUUCUUGUCAUAUCUCCAAGCCCUCACUAUACCAUUCUCCAUUUCUUCCAAGAUUCCACAAAUAAUUAUAAAUCAUAAGAAUAGUAGUACAGGUCAACUUUCUUCUUUUGCUGUGUUUGGCUUUACUGCUGGUUCUUUAGCUAGAAUAUUCACUACAUUAUCUGAAGUUGAUGAUUCUUUACUUUUAAGUGGUUAUAUUUUAGGUUCUAUAUUUAAUAUAAUUUUAACUAUACAAAUGAUCAAUUAUUGGAAUACUGAAAAGAUAGAAAAGAUUAGUACAGAGAAGGAAGAUUAAAUUUUACAUUAAAUAAGAUAUUUAUUUAGCAUUUUUUUUUUUUUAGACAUAAU